AUGAGCGGGGCGUUGAACCCGCGGCGACAUGAGCAUCUCACCUUUUUGGCGUUUUGCAAGCUUCUCCAGCUCGUCUCUUCAUACACGAUCCCGCAAUAUGUAAUCGACUAUGCCCCAAUCGUCUGGCUACAUUCCGAUGACCGGUAUAUGCCAAGUGACAUUUUGAGCCAUGUCUUACACACGGCGCCGAGGGUCGGCUUUGAGCCCAUAACGAACGCGAUGCCACUGAGAAAUCUGGAGAAUCUGUCCCUGUUGAACCGAUACGGCAAGGACGGGACCGAUGUCUAUUUGACGGCGGUCGAAGACGUGUCCGUCUUUCCGGACUGGGUCCUCGGCGAGACACCUGAUGCGACGGGAUCUCUUCGAAAUUCCACUGCAUGCGCCGUCGUCGUUGUGGAUAAGAAGGGUGAGGAUGUCAACCGACAGGAGCAGCUGGUAUUGGACGCCUUCUACUUCUAUUUCUACUCUUGGAACGAAGGAGCCGACAUCUUGCAGGUGGUGCCACCAUUGAACAAGCUGUUCCCGGACAGCAAGCCCGGCGAUCAUUACGGCAACCAUUUGGGUGACUGGGAACACAACAUGAUCCGGUUCGAGAAUGGGAACCCGACAGGGAUAUACUUCAGCCACCACACCGGUGGCGAAGCCUGCGCUUGGGAGGACGAGGCCUGUCUGUCGAAGCAAGGAGAAAGGCCGGUUGUCUUCAGCGCUCGCGGAUCCCACGCAAACUACCCCUCGGAAGGAAGCCACGUCCACGACGAAGCACUCAUCGACAUCGCAGACAAGGGCCGGCUGUGGGACCCGGUCAAACGAGCCUACUUCUACCAUUACGACCAGCACAGCGAGACCUUCACCGCGGCAGACCCAGGGGGCACAGACCCAACCGACUGGCUGGCCUUCAACGGAAGCUGGGGCGACAAACAGUAUCCCGACUCGGAUCCUCGACAAGAGACGGUCCCCUACUUCGGGCUCAGGAAAUACAACAACGGGCCCAACGGGCCCAAGUUCAAGCACCUCGUGAGGCAAGGGCUGAUGCCCGAUGGGAAAGAGAAGGCCAAUCUCAUGAAGACGCUGGUCCACUGGUACAUGGCCAUGUACGGGUGCUGCUUGAAGGGCAUCAACCCGUGGGUGGUCAUCGUCGGCCUCUUGGUUGCUUUGGCCGCGACGAUCGGCCUGUGCGUCUUCACGUUCAGGAGAGUGCGGCCGCGAUUAAAGGCCUGGGUCCUGGAGUGGAAGGAGAAGAAGAGGAGGAUGAGGAAGACGGACGAAUCUAAAGACACGGCAGAAGUUGAACUUCGGCUACUCGACCCCGACAGGGCAGAAGCCGAGGACGACGCGGAGGUAUAG